GAAGACGAGAUCGAGUAGAGUUCAGCAGCUCCACACACAGCCAUGUCGGUGUCUGACAACAUCUUCUCUGUGCACGAGGCGUCUUCAGACUCCAGCGCUCAGACUCCGAUGGACUCGGCCCUGUAUACUCAGACCAUCAGCUUUACUAAGAGUCCCGAGGUGAUGAUGGGUUAUUUACCGUACUCCUCCUGUCUGAACAACCCAAACACCAACACUGAGCGCUCAGUGCAGCAGAGUUCUGCACAUACACAGGAUUUUGCUCAGUUUCUGGAGCCACCGCCAGCGUCUGCGCUCCGCCUGUGCGCACAGAAGCGAGGUGUGAGUAAAGACAGUGCUGAGUACCGGCAGAGGAGAGAGAGAAACAACAUCGCCGUCAGGAAGAGUCGAGAUAAAGCGCGGCGCCGCAUCCAGAUGACCCAGCAGAGGGCGCUGCAGCUGCAGGACGAGAAUCAACGGCUGCAGGUGCACAUCCAGCGCCUGCUGCACGAGGUGGAGGCGCUCAGGCAUUACCUGUCCCAGCGUCACCUGCAGGACACAUCUGAGGAGCACUGAUGAGAAUACACCUGGAGAACACAAACCUGAGGAACACACACCUGAAGAAAACACCUGAGAAACACACCUGGAGAACACAAACCUGAGGAACACACACCUGAAGAAAACACCUGAGAAACACACCUGAGGAACACUGCUGCGAACACACACCUGGAGAACACACCUGAGGAACACACACCUGAAGAACACAACUGAGGAACAAACACCUGAAGAACACACCUGAGGAACACACACCUGAGGAACACUGCUGCGAACACACACCUGAAGAUCACACCUGAGGAACACACACCUGAAGAACACACCUGAGGAACACACUCCUGAAGAACACACUCCUGAAGAACACAUCUGAGGAACACACUCCUGAGGAACACACACCUGAGGAACGCACACCUGAGGAACACACACCUGAAGAACACACUCCUGAGGAACACUGCUGCGAACACACACCUGAAGAUCACACCUGAGGAACACACACCUGAAGAACACACCUGAGGAACACACUCCUGAAGAUCACACCUGAGGAACACACACCUGAAGAACACUGGUGUGAACACACACCUGAAGAUCACACCUGAGGA